GCGCCUGGUGGUAGUAUUUGCCUCGGCCGUUCGGAGCGAAAUGGUCGUAAUUAUUAUCGAUUACGGUGCAGUGAAAGUACGGUUGGACGCUUUUCGAGUGAAAUGAUCCCACGGGUGCGUAGUAGUUGAGCAUUCCACCACUAUUACACGUUGGAUCGUCGUCGACGUCGUCGUCGUCACAAGCAAAACGGAAGGACGAUGAAGCAAACCGAACCCCCAAAACCUGCCCUAUGAAUAGUAUGCAAGACGUACUCAAAUACUCCUCGCGACAUUAGCGCUUGCUUGUGUGUGUGUGUGUGUGUGUGCUGGUGCGCAUCAUUCGGGUCAAGUUUUCGUACGUACGUACUGGCCGCUCGUGCCUUGCGUUCCUGUCAUCCCCCCAAGUUUUUUUUUGCAUUUCAUCUUCUCUAUCGCUCACAACCCGUACCGAUCAUCAUCCGGCGAAAAUGGGGGAAAAGUGUUAAAAAUGGGUCACGAAAUUAGUCGCCAUCGUGGUGCGGGGUCGGUCGUUCGGUCGGUCCGUGAAACAUACACAGAGGCAUCAUUACUCACCGUAAUGCGUUACUACAGGUUUAAAUAUCCGCUCCUCUCAGCUCUAACGUGUCUAGCAGUGUGUAAUUUGCGAAGUAAAGAAAUGUCCAAUUGGUGAGUUUGGUGUUGAAGUUCACCGUACGAAAAUAGUAGUGCUCGGAAGCACUAUGGAAAUGUGUGCAUGUGACGACGACAUGGUGGAUGGUUAGUUAGUCCCAGUUCCGGCGCAUGUGUUUAGUAACAAGCCUGGAAUGCUGCCAUCCCCCCGUUGGAUAUCGAUGAUCACCGAUGAUGAUGAUGACGCUGAUGAGUGUGUGUAAUUUGUGGAGAAAUUGUGAGAGAAGCAAUGGUUGUAAUUCUACGGCCCAGCGUACCGAAACACGCGCUCGAAAGUCAAUUUUGUUGGUAAAUCACUGCCACCAAAAGGAGCAGUAGGCUGGCUGGUCGUCUCUAUGGCGAAUUAGAUUUGUAUGUGGACGUGUGUGCGUGCGUGUGUGCGUGUGUGUAUGUUUUGGUGGGUUUAAAAAGAAGUACGUAACGUAAAGCAGGAAAAAAAAUCAUGUUUAGCUGUCUUUGGCAAUUAUGGGAUUGGAUUGAUCCGCCCACGUUUACGACGAUGGAGAGCAAAAAGUUGCAGCAGCUGCAACAAGCCAAUUCGCAUCUGGCGCCGAUGCCUCAGAUGAAGCCUCCGCAGGGUGGCGGUGGAUAUCAGCAUCCGCCACCACCGGGUGGCUACGACUACGGUGCGACGGCAGCAGCUCCCGGUCGUGCGACCAUGUUUCCACCGAAUGCAUCGCAGUACCAGAGCUAUGGUCAGCACGGUCAACACCCGUCUUCGCUACGGUCACCGUACUCGACCGGUAGCCCAAAGUCCUCGCUCAGCACCAACAGUGGUGCGCUCUACGGUGCGACAGAUGUUGGAGAUCUUUCGUCCACCAGCGGUGGACCAUCCUACCAUCUACCGGCCGGGCAGCAAGGAAUGCUUCUACCGCACCAGCAACAGUUUCGCAGCAACACUCUCGGCCCCGGUGGAGCAUACGGGUACGAUCAGCACCAGCAGCAGCUGUACCGUGUGAGCUCACCAUCGAGUGGAAGUGGAGGCGCAAGUGGCGAACGGGAACGAUUGUACCAAACGGCGCCGUUGGUGCGAUCUGGCAUCACUGGAAGCGGCGUUGGAACGCCACACUCGGUGACGAGCGGGAUGAGUUCGUCACAGAAUGCCCCAAUGUCGAAGCUGGAGCUACAGUUUCAACAGCUUCAGCGAGAAAAAAUACAACAACAGAUCAAAACGGCCACUGAAGCGAUUGCACAUCAGCAGCAAACGUUUGCCUUACGGCAGCAGCUGAACCCGCCAGUUCCAAACUAUCAUCUGAAGCAAAAUCUACUGCAGAAUCUCUCCCAGCACCACCAGCAACAAAUUCAACAGCAGCAGCAGCAACAGCCAUCGCCCCAAACUCAGUUGCAGGUUCAUAAGCAUCCGCAGUAUUCUGCUCAGCAGCAACAGCAGCAGCAGCAAAAGCAGCUAGUGCAGCAGCAUCAGCAGAAGCAACAGCAACAGCAAAAGCAACACCAUCAGCAGAUGCAACAUGCCAUGAAGCAGCAGCAGCAAAUGCAGCAGCAACAGCAACAACUGCAGCAGCAACAACAGCAGGCACGAUAUACUUCGAGCGGAUCACAGAACCGCAAUGCACCGCCAUCUAGCCUGAAUCUUAUGAACCACUGUCAACCGGUAGCUAGCGAAACUGAUAAGAUAAUGCGCUCGCACGUGCCAUCCUACCAUGGGACAGUGAACGAUGCGAGUGGUGGUGCGGGCAUCGGGUUGUAUGGCGAGGAAGAAUCUUUAUACCACCAAAAGGGUGGCUAUCAGCAGGGCGGAAUAGCUUCUCCACCAGGUGCAAGCAGCGAAAUCAUCAUCCAGCAAAACAUUCCAGGACAGGUGGUUAACCAGGCUUGUCAGACACAGAUCAGUUCGAUGCUGUUGGCCGGGAACGGUGGCGGUGCUGCUCCACAACAACAACAGCAACAACAGCAGCAGGUCAAAUCGUCACCGUCAGACACACUCUCAAGUCCUUCGCAUGAUUCCAGCGAGCGCCGGCGUGGUGGUGGUGGUGGUGGUGGACAGCAGCACACACUAAAGUCUCCCGUCACCAAGCGGCCGGCUAAUGCGCCCGUUGCGUUGUCCGGCUGGCUGUAUAAGCAGGGUUCCGAUGGGCUGAAGGUAUGGCGCCGGCGCUGGUUUGUGCUGUCCGAGUACGUGCUGUACUACUACAAGGGUCAAGAGGAGGAAAAGCUGCUGGGAACCGUGCUGCUUCCAUCGUACAAGGUAUCCGCCUGUUUUCCGGAGGACAAAAUCUACCGCAAGUUUGCGUUCAAAUGUGAGCAUGCGAACAUGCGCACGUUCGUGUUUGCGGCGGAGAACGGUGAAUCCAUGAGCCAGUGGGUACGGGCGUUGACGUUAGCCACGAUGAUGAUACAGCAUGUGGGUCCCGAGCAGGAGGGAACCCAGCAGCAGCAGCAGCAGCAGCAGCAGCAGUACAGCAAUAACCAGGCAAACAGCAGUGGAAAUAGCGGCGAACUUUUGUCCAGCGACUCGAGCGGUACCGGUGGCCCCCAGUCGCAGGGUUCGAACGAUACCAUGAAACUUAUUCAGCAAGCGAGCGGCAACGGAAGUAGCAGUAGCAGCGGGGCAGGUGCCGCCGGGCUUAACGAUAGUAUGUCGUUACCGCAGCCACUGUACGCGAAUGCACCGCCCAAGCCGCGAAGGGUUAACGAUGCAGGUUAUUCUUCACCUAGCCCCGAACACACGUUUAUGCCGGAUCGUUACGAGCAAAUGGUGCAACAUCAGCAAAUGCUUUUCCCAGGAACAGCACCCGGUGCCCAGCCCGGCGGUGGAAUGGCGGUGGGAAACAACCGGACGCCGACUGCUUUAACGGCUCAGGCGAUCUACGGUGAUCCGAAACGGAUCGAGCGGGAUUUGUACAUUCAAAAGCUUAUUGAGCAGCAGCAACAACAGCAGCAAUUGAAUGCUUCCAAACAGCAGCAGCAGCAGCAGCAGCAACAGCAACAGCAACAGCAACAACAACAACUUGGAAUGCAGUCAUCGCCCCUGCAUGGCCAGAAGCUGCGAAGUGCGCCCGGAGCCGGAACGAAUCCAUUUCUGUACCCUAGUAAUGAUCGCCGCACUCCGGAUACGUACGGGCCGCCAAAUGCAGCGAUCGAUCCCAAGCACAUGUCCGACUAUGAGGACAUCUAUAACUUAACCAUGCUGUCGAAAUCGCUACCAUCGAACACGGCUGGCCCGAUGGAGGGGAUGAUCGGGGAGGGGGGUGUGGCAGGUGGGACAAGCUAUAAACGACCAUCCAGUCCACUGCGCUACGACAGUAAUGGAGCAUUUCCUCCGUACAUGGGAAACUCAUUGUACAAUGCCGGUCAAUUUGAGCAUACGUUAGCCGCAGGUGCUGCACCGUUACCGCAGCACGUUCAGAUGCGUGCCCGACCUAUUCCACCAACCAUUCCUAGGCCACAUUCUGCCGACUUUUUGGAUUAUGAAGCAAGGCAUCCCAUUAGCCAGACGAUCAGCGGCACUAAUGACGAACCGAGCCCGGUACAUCGCACUCCGCGGCCCAAGUCCAGCCUGGACAUUAACCGAACGCCCGAUCACUAUUACUAUUCUGAGGCGAGCUAUGCGGAGAAGAUGCGGCUGCAAAGCGCAUCGUACCUGCAGCGGGCAAACAACUCCGGUACUGGUGCAUCGCGCAAGCAACGAUCCGACGAACUACAAGGAUUGUUCGCCGGCGGAACGAUGCCCCGAGAAGGAUUGUACCGCAGUGGCAGUGGUAAGAUCAUGCCAGCGCAACAGCAGCAACAGGUGGAGGAUUAUGCCAUAGGGUCACAAAGUAUGCCCCGCCCCUCUGCUACUGACCGUGCCGGGGGAAACAGUCGUCCGACUGUGAGUAGCUUGAAGAAACAAGGAAGUGGAUCCUCGCUGCAACAGCAGCAGGAGCAAUUCGCACGCUCAGCAAGCGCCCGGUUGCCUCGCAAAGAGGAAGAUUCAUCCGCCCGGGAUGGUGAACGCAAACGGGAAGAAUCAAUGAAGCGGCUGCUCGAAUGGAAGCAACGUAUGUUGCAAUCGCCUCUGACGAAAAAAAUCGCUAGCCAACAUUCGGCCACCAUGGCUUCGGCCGAAUCGCUUAAUCCAGGCUCCUCCACUGCAAGCGACCGGCGGCGGCAGGAGGAUAUCUAUGGCAUGAAGUCGGAAGAUUCUCUUCUUCGCGCCGAUUACUACGGUGCGACGUAUGAACGGCAAUCGAUCGGCGAUCUGACCGGGAUUGGGGCGGCAUCCGCUAGAAAGCAUGGUGGCAGUGUGGCCAACAUUGCCCAAACAUCGGCGUACGGCAGUGAGGUGAAGCUGAACGGUGAUUACAACAGCUACUCGUCGGAUGAUGAAGCCUCGAUAUCGGUGAGAAAUGUGUACAACCUUCCGAAGGUAGCACUGACGGUUAAACCGGACCCCUCGGAUCCCAACUAUCUGCAGACGAAGGAAGGAGUAACGCCGGGCAGUUUCUACGAUGCUGGCAUGAUGCUGGGUUCCUCGGACUAUUAUGGCAGCGAGAAGUACAUACGGCCCGACAUAAGCUUCGAAUCGACGCACGAUCUGUACACGCAAGCCCAGCUCCAACGGGCCCAGGAAUUGAAUCUGCAGCAGCACUACCAGCUGCAAAACAUUGAUCGCAGCCUGGCAACGAUGCAGGAACAGCAACAUCAGGACGCUUCGCCACUGUCGCCGAUGAGAGGUGGACUGGAGACGAAAUGGUCAACCACUCCUACUGCUGGUGGUAGCGACACGGGCGGAUAUAUGAAUGGUCGGCUCAAGCACGAUUCGUCUAACGAAAGGCUGGAUUCAAAGCCUUUGGAUGUAUCUGCUGGCGACUUGCUAAAUCGAACGCACGAAGAGUUGAUUCUUCUGUUAAUCCAGUUGCGACGUCAAAACAGCCAAACGGCACGAUCCAUUGAGCAGUGCUGCACGAAUAUUCACGAAUUACAGAAUCUAAUCCGAACUGCGGAAGGAAACCGGAAAGCGGAUAGUUUGGCCAGAUUGGACGCUCUUAAGCAGCAAUUGACGGAGCUUGAAAAGCAGUACGAAAAGGAGAAGCCUUUGAUCAAUUUGGUUGACAACAUGGUUAAGCUGGGAAGCUUGUACCGUGGACCGAUUGGUGGCAAAAAACAGCUCCAGUCACCCGAGUCUGCCACGCUCGAUCGGCUGGAGUUCAACCAGAGAAUGCAAGAGCGCCGACUGUUGCAGGAAGAACAGCGGCAAUGGGAUCGUACCAGCCCGAACCACGUGGAGUUGCAGUCGAAAGUGCAACAGUUGUAUCAGAUUGACAAAUUGAUGCAGGAAGAGUCGGGUACGCUGCAAGCGUUGCAAAGGGAUAAGGAGAAUCUGGAGAAAGCCCUCGCUACUUUGAAAACGAAGGUCCUGAAUCGCGAAAGUGGCAACCUGCCAAUGGCGAUGGAUACGGCCAGACAACAGCAGCACACGCUGGAGCGUGAAUUGACGCGGGUGCAUCAGUUACUAGCGGCUAACUCAAAGAAACUGGAGAAAACGGUUUCGACGAACGCGCGAUUGGAGCAGGAACUGCUGGUAUUGCGGCAAAAGCUUCAAGCCACUCGCGAGCAUCGUUCGAUGCAUUCUGUGUUUGAUUCGGCAUCAGCAAUGGAUAACCAAUACACGCCCGGCUCGGUAACUGCUGUGCUUGAAUCCGAACUAAAGCGCGCAAAGCUGCUGGUAGGCGAUAUGCAACGUCAGCGACAGGAGCUUGGACAAGCCGUGCGCCAACUAACGUCCUACGGCGCAAGCGAUAACAGUGGUUCCCAACUGAUGGACCGUCUUCAGAGCGAUGAGCAGCAGCAUUCGCAACUGCAACAAGAACACCAGCACCAGCGAGACCCACAAUCGAAUGGAUCGAAGCAUAAACGAAGCUAUUCAUCGUCCUGGGUAGAGACGGAUCUGGAUUCGAUGGCGGGCAAAGAAUCGGCAGCAGCAAGCUCGCACGCCCAUCGGGCCCUGUCCUCUUCCUCAUCGAGCGUGCUGACGAUCGAUGACGAGAUGCAAAACCUGUUCCUUCCAAGCAGUCGCACCAAAGAUCCGAUGGAAGGCAUGGAAUCGAUGGAAGAGCUGUACUCAGCCGGCUCUGCCUACAACUAUGGCAGUGGUAUGAUGAAUGCCGUCGACAAGCAGGAAAUUAAAACGGUUCGCAUCGUGAAGCGGGAGUCGGAGCGCCGAACGCGAGAUAAGGAAAAGAACGAUCGUAACCUUGCCCUGAGCCUGGAUCAGGUGCUGGAGGAGGAAGCACAGCUGAUGGAGGACUACCAGCGUUCAAAAUCGUUACCAAGAGGGUACGAAACGCACGAGCUGUUUGUGCAGAGCCACGAUGCGCUCGGCGCUGGUUCCGGUGCUGAUGGUGUCAUGGGAGGCGCAGCAACUUCGAUGGACGGCAGUAGGAUGAUGAUCGAUUACUAUAGCAGCGUAGUUGCGUCGGCGAAUGGAAACAGUUACCCGGUUUCGUUGAUCGAUCGUCAGGCCGAUCUUUACACGGGCCACUUCGAGACGGGAUUGCAAUCGAAAUACAUCACCAACGACAACAUGAGCAACGGUGGAAGCGGGGGCAGAUCUUCGGGCAUGAUGAGCAAUUCGUAUCAGGCCAAUUCCUAUCUUACCAGCGGCGGCAGUUCGGGCGUUGGUGCAACCGCGCUAGGAGGUUUGAAACGAAAAACAGAAUCUAUUCAAAGCCUCACCAACACCGACGCGGAGCUAGAUCCCGUAUUCCAGAGCGAGGCCGCAAAGCAAAUCAUCAACGAGAUGGCGACUGGAGCGAGUAUGUCGGUGGGUGAAAAUAGUGGCGAAUCGUCGGGCAGUGGCGAGAAUAAAGCUCCCACUAGCAAAGACGAGCAGCAGUACCAGCAACAGCAACGCCAGCAAGCGCAGCAAAACCGGCAGCGCCGGGCAGUGCCGAAGGAAAAACGACGGCAUCACACGGCUCCCCACCACGUGAACGCCAAAUCGAUCGAACUGAUGCACAGCGAAAAUGAUAUGAACAAAAAUAACGUCAAUUGGCGAGCGCGUGAUGAUGUGGAUCUGGAGGUGACGAUACGGCCACGCUCAAACGCACCGGACGUGGUGCGGUCGGCGCUUGGACCACGGGAAAAGAUUUCCGAACAUACCAUCGACAAAUUGCUGGCAGCGCCGAGCAAGAUUCUCAUUCCAGAACGGUACGUGCCGGAACAGACGCCCGAGCUGUCUCCAGAGGAGAAGCGUCGGCGCCAGGAAAAAGUGGAAGCUAUCAAGAAGAUGCUUUCGGACACGCCGAUUGGCGGUGGUGCUGGCACUAACGAAACCGGAACCAAUCCCGUCGUUCCCAAUGCGGAAAAGAAGCAGCGCGAACAUCUCAUCCAACUCAACCAAAUCCUCGCACAGCAAGUGAUGCAAAUGAGCAAGAUUGUGGCAGAGGAUAAACCGGCGAGCUAUGGCAUGAGCGACAUGCGAAAAGAAAACUCGUCAGCCGUACUGCCGUCUAAGAUAAAAAGGAAGGGAAUUGCACAGUUCGGAGCCAAUCCAUCCGGCAGCAAGACGAACGUCGAAAAGGAUCACUAUGAAUCGGAUCUGGAAGACUACGAUACGGAUUCGCCGGCCGAACCGCUCCCACUGUACCAGCAGCGUGAAAACUACUUUACCUAAGAUGAUGAUGAACAGCUGCUUGACGACAUCCGUCCGUGUCUUAUUGCGUCAGUGUAGCGGGAAGAUAUUCCCUUCCGUUGCCCAAACAAGGGUAGAAAAGGCUACGAAUAGCGCGCAAUGGUAUGUAACAUGAAUUGUUAUUAGCAGUGAACUCGUUCGCCGUGGAGAUUGAUAGUAUCGGUUCUUCCAAAAGCAUCAUCAUCAUCAUCAUCGUCAUGCAUUCGCGAUGCAGUCGUGCUGCUCUAGUUGCUUUAGAUAGGAGAACAAAAGCAUGCAAUCGACACUCAGCAACUGAAGGGGAGGUUUUGGAAGUAAUGUUAAAACGAUACCGAAUAUCGAAUAUUGACUGUUAUGCAAAUGAGUUCAUCAAAAAUCAGUUGCCUUUGUUCCUUAGAAGGGUACGAUUGGGAAAAUGUGCUUCAUAAUCAUCACUUACACCUUUUACAGGGUUUCUCAGACCAGUUUAACAUUGUAACACUAUAUGUCAACGGCAUGGAAUGCUAAUCCGACGUCGUAUAUUCAAUCCAAUCUUGUUAACCCUUUUCAACUCGGGAAAACUGACUUUCAACUCUAUAAAAUCCCUACUCGACUUGGUUUCUCACUAAAAUCCCCGUAUCAUUUCAAUGGUCGAGGGGAUUGUAACACCGAUCUUCCCACGUUAGGGAUAAAAUCUGUUCCGGACCGCUUCCCAGCAGGCAGGGCUGACUAUCCAGCUGCAUAAUUGCAUAGUUUGAAGUUGGAUUAGCGUUUCAUCCUGUUGAUAUUCAGUGUUAGUAGUGUUGGGUCAAGUGGCUCUUUUUAAAGAGGAGAAGGUCCCGGUAGCUCCGCACUCACUGAGGGCAAAUAGGUCGGAGAGUGCGAAGAGCUACCUACAAGAGCAGCUACCUACAAGGCCUCUACCCAACACUAAGUGUUACAAUAUUGAACUGGCCGGAGAAACCCUGUACGCAGUAUAUGACAGUUUUACAACACACAAACAGUGUAUAAAAUACAUACUAUUUAUACAAGUCCCAGUGCGUAGGAAACGUUCUCGUGUUUCCUUUACUUGGCACACCAUUACGGAUGAGUUUCAGUUGCAUGGAGAAUGGUAUGAAAUGUAUCAGAGCAUUACCAAGUGGAACUAAACGAAGGCAUUCAUUCCACAGGUUUCCUAUCCUAACAAGAGAAAACAAAGACUUCUGGUUAGUGAAUAUCAAUAGCUAAGAGUUUUGAGGUAGAAGAAGCUAACUGAACUAAACUAAAGUUUUACUGCUCCACUAGUUGCUGAUACAGAUACAGUAAUACCGUACUUCCAUCAAACUUAACAACAUUUUUACAAGCGCUUUGCGGAAUGUGCAUUCAUGCUAACAAACAAACGAAAAGCUUUAUAGCAAAGUAAUUGUUGCGGUACAGGGUUUGCGCUGGCAGCCUUACUUGCAAAGAGCCAUCCUUUAUCUCUAUAUUCAUACAAAAGCUACAAUUGCUUGCUAGGCCCACCCGCUAGGAAUCAUUUUAAUGCCCGCGAUGCUUUUCCGAAAUAUUUUAUUUUCUAAACGAAUGCGCCCCGUUUUUUUAAAUGAUGAGAAUAUCAACGAAUUGAAACAAAACGACGCGGUAUAAGAGCGUUGCGAUUUUUACAACAUAACUAACAUUGCAUGAAUUGCAUACAACAACAGGGAGGACCGCGAACGUAGCUAAUCGGAUUACAUACGAAUUAUACCUGGUAGUGGUAGAACUUACUAUACUAAACGCGUUGUUGUACAUACUUAAAACAUUAGUCUAAAGCUAAAAUCCAAUAUAUGAACCAGACGCAUAUACCCUUCGAAUCCUGAGUCGCAUAUGACACAUAUACAACACAGAGCUUUUAUGGGAAGGUUGCUGCUCGGUCGGCUUAGUAGAAGAACCACACACGCACUUACACCACACCCACUAGCAGCAUUAAAAGGCACUAACUAUUUAAUGGUCGAAUUAAAUCAUUUUCCAUCAUAUCAAUACACACGUGAACGGCUCAAUGUUCUGCGAUCUGAGCCACCACCACUAUUAAGUGUGCGUGCAGCUUUAGCUGCAUCAUUCAUAUCAUUCAUAUCUCAUGCGAACAGAAAUAUUCGAUUAGCGGGUAUUGCCGACCGAAAGUUGUCGUCUCACUAGAAUUGCUCAAAAAGCUAGACUUAAGCACGUGAUUUGUUGCACUACCACGAAGAGAGUCAUGCAAGCGCGGUCAAUUAGUAAGGUGCGCGAUCGUACAUCGUGCUUGUUAUAUAGUUUAAAGCAUAAUUUAAUUUAAAAAAGACAGGGGGAAACACAUAGUAUAAACCACAGUACCGGUACGCAAUAUUCGGCACAUGUAGUGUGAAUCGGCAUCAGGGCAUAUGUUUUACAAGCAUACCGUAUGAUUGUGUUGUGUGCAAAAAACGGGCUCGAAACAAAGCUAUAAAAAAACAGAUACGUACAUAUAAGAUAAUGGAAUGCAAAUUUGCGCCCCCCACGUGUUUAUCAGCGCCUAGUAGCUUUAUCAUUAACAUUCCCAUGCAGUCACAUUAUAAAGCUGCGUAAAGCAGUUGUAGUACAUGAUAAUCCUGUUUGCACCUGAAAUUUUAAUCCACAGUAAGAAUCAACCAUGAGACAGAUACAGAUGCUAUUGUGAGGCGCAAAGGGCAUGUUGCCGCACUAGCAAUCAGACUAACCAUGUAGAUGCAUUUUACAACUGUUUGCUCAGUCAAUUUCGAAACAAUUCAAAGCAGUGUUUUUCAAUCGAUAAUGUAAAAGCACCGAUCGUUUUUGUAGGUUCCUUAGAUGAGGCUGCAGAUGACUGGGGGAAUCAAUUUCCUUUCAUUGAGAAAAUUACCAGAUGAUAUUGUAAUCGAAGCCGAUUAUAUUGUACACGGCCUGUCAGCGCUCGAGCAAGUGCGUAACUUACAGGUAUAGACAGUUGAAGCCGUUCCCAUGUCAACCAGCAACUCGAUUACCAUUUCAUCUAAGUAGCCUUCAAAAAACAUCGAUGCUUUUACAUUCGCAACUGAAGAACCCUGUACAAAAAGGGAACCAGUUUUGCUUGAGGUUUGGAGAAGGUACCGGAGAUGGUGAAGAGACGCUGAAAUUACCAGUAUUCAAUUAAAAAGUGGCAAUUAAACCUUCGACACAUGCGCUCCUCCAGACGGUUAGGAGGCGUCGCGAUCCUUUCGUUGCCUUUCUCUCAUAAGUUUAGUUAAUUAAGAGAUUCAUUUUUUUCAUUCACCACCACAAACAUACGGGUGAGUGUGUGUGUGUAUACGCAGUGCAGUGUAGUAAAUUGUUAAUUGUAAAGCAAAAAACAAACACCAAUCAACCAACUUGCUAUUCGGAACAUAACCUAAGCUGCCAUAAGAAAAUGUUAUCUACUUGUGUAUUAGACGUUUGUUUUUUAUUAUGCCUUUUAUUUAAAGAAUUUAAAAAUUUAAAAGCAAACAAAAAUCCUGCAACACGGCAAAGGAUGUUUAGACCCAGUUAGAGAUAGCUAAACAAUCUGUGGGCAAAAAGUACAAUUUUUAAGACAACACUUUUUUAAAGACAUUGCGCCAUAUAUGAAAAAACACACAUUUAAUUUAUUGUAGCCAUGUUUUGUAAGCAUUAAUGUUUUUCUUUUAUUAUUUUGGGUUCAAACGAUGAUGUGAUGUUGGGGUGGUGGAAAGCCUUCAUCGAUCGAGAGAGAAAGAGAGAGAGAGGUUUAGGUUAGAUAUCAUCAUUUAUCUAAAAGAUAGUAAACUAAAGACGGUUCCGGUUGACGACCCCUUCGUUCCUUUCGCUGCAGUUUGCCAUAUUGAGGAAGUAGUUGGGCGACAGCAGUUUACAGUUUAUCUGCUGCGAGACACGAAUGUCCAGCCAUGAAUGAAUGGAUCCGUCUUACCAUUUACCUCAAACCAGAGUCCGGGUAGGAGACGCGUGUGAUGGUAUGGUGGUGGUACGCAUAUGGAAUCUAAGUACAACAACAACAGUCCCGGUUUUGUUAAUUAUUUGUGCUUAAUAGACGCAAGUUGGAAAGAGUAAUAGUUUAAGUACGAAUCAGUUUUCGUGGAUUUAAAUUCGGAAAGCAAAUUAAAUGUUUUGUUUGUUUGUUUGUUUUUUUUUUCAACCAAGUAACUAUAGUAUGGAAUAUCCGACCCACUCACACACACACACAUAGGGACGGUACCAAUAUAUAAGCCGACAGCAAGUACAGAUACACCUUAAAUCAUAAAUCGUUACAGGCACUAGCAACAAUAGUGAAUUUCAUUGUAGAGUAGUUACAAUCCUCGUUAUUCCCCGUUUAUGUUUCUACACGUUUACCAAAACAAUCGUAACGUAACGAACGGAAAAAGCUUCAAUUAUGCUGAACAAUAACAACAAAACGACAACAAAUAUACGAUGCUGAUGUUGACACAAGCGGGACGGGAUAACGCAUCAGAGUAGGUAGCACGUAAGAUGUUAAAUUAUUAUUAUCAUACAUACCAAUCCAUACGAGUAAGCGGCUAUCAUUAUCGUUACUGAACGAGCGCGAACUGUACAAUAAUCCAUCGACGCCACAAUCGAUUACACCACACAACCGAGCGUGUUAGCCAACUUCCUGACGAGCGAACAUGUACGAAAAGGAAGGAAGCUCAGUAAAGUGCAAAAUAUAAAUAAAGCAAGCAAAAGCAUUGGAAUCGUUUCA